UACAUAUGAAUUAGACUUCUCAAACAUGAACAUAGUUGCUUACAGAAAAGAGAGAGAGAGAUAAAUGCAAAUCUUUGGUGCGUGUAGUGAAGUUGAAGUAGUGAGCAUGUCGAAUUAAUAUUACUUAUGGAAUGAAAAAGAGGAGAAGAAGGCGUUGAUAGUAUUAAUUAUUGUUGGGGGAAGGAAGCAGAUACAUAUAUCUGUAUUAUAUUGUCACAAGAAAAUUAAGAAGAAAGAAGAAAAAGAAAUAGAGGAAAGGCAAAGAUGAGAGGAUGCGCAAGUGUUAGUCCUACUCCAACAGCAGCAAGCUCUCAACAUCCCAAACUCAUAGGAGGUUUCCCAUCAAAGAUCAUCAACAAAAGAAGAGCCGUGAGUGUGAGAGCAGGCAGCAGCAGCAACAGCGAGAAAGAGAAAGAGAAAGAGAACGAGAAUGAAAGCAGCAGAAAGCAGCAGCAAUCCCUAAGUCUGGAUGACGUGAACCCCGUUGGACUAGGGAGGAAGUCUCGGCAGAUAUUCGACGAGGUGUGGAGAAAGUUUUCAGGUUUGGGACAAAUAUCGAGAACUACACGUGCGGAUGACUUGGAGUCUUUGGAUGCCUUGCUCAUAAGGGAGGGCCCAAUGUGCGAAUUUGCUAUCCCUGGCGCUCAGAAUACUACUGUCCUUGUUGUUGGAGCAACCAGCCGCAUUGGCCGCAUUCUUAUUAGAAAGCUUAUGCUGAGGGGUUAUACUGUCAAGGCUUUGUUAAGGAAGGCUGACCAGCAAGUCAUUGAUAGUCUCCCGAGAUCUGUGGAGAUUGUGAUCGGGGACGUCGGUGAUACUUCUUCUCUUACGUCUGCUGUUGAAGGCUGCAACAAGAUCAUCUAUUGUGCCACUGCUCGUUCUUCCAUCACCGGCGAUCUUUUCAGAGUUGAUCACCUUGGUGUUUCCAACCUCACCAAAGCCUUUCAAGAUUACAACAACAAACUUGCUCAACUUCGUGCUGGUAAAAGCUCUAAAAGCAAGCUUUUGCUUGCCAAGUUCAAGUCCUCUGAUUCCUUGAUUGGCUGGCAAGUCCGUCAAGGUACUUACUUCCAGGAUGCUGUUGCUUCCAAAUACGAUGCUGGUAUGGAUGCUAAGUUCGAGUUCACCGACACCGGAGAUGCCGUUUUCUCAGGUUAUGUAUUCACCAGAGGAGGCUAUGUAGAACUAUCAAAAAAGCUCUCUCUUCCUCUGGGUUACACUCUUGACAGGUAUGAAGGUCUGGUGCUCUCUGUCGGAGGAAAUGGAAGAUCCUAUGUUUUAAUUCUUGAAGCUGGUCCUUCAGCUGAUACAACUCAAAGCAAAUUAUAUUUUGCUAGAAUUACCACAAAAGUUGGAUUCUGUAGGGUCAGAGUUCCCUUCUCAUCUUUCCGCGCUGUCAAACCAGAUGAUCCCCCGCUAGACCCAUUUCUUGUACAUACGUUGACCAUACGCUUUGAGCCUCGAAGACAGAGACCUACUGAAGGACCUUCAGGAACAAGGCAAGAUCUCAGAAGCUUUAAGCUCAUCUUGGAAUAUAUAAAAGCCUUGCCUACUGGGCAAGAAACAGAUUUUGUCUUAGUCUCAUGUACAGGAUUAGGAGUAGAACCUACCAGAAGGGAGCAAGUUUUGAAAGCGAAGAGGGCCGGGGAAGAAUCACUGAGGAGAUCAGGUCUUGGAUACACAAUCGUUCGUCCUGGUCCUCUAAAGGAAGAGCCUGGAGGUCAACGUGCACUUAUAUUUGACCAAGGAAACAGGAUAUCUCAGGGUAUCAGCUGUGCGGAUGUGGCUGAUAUCUGUGUGAAAGCAUUGCACGACUCAACAGCAAGAAACAAAAGCUUUGAUGUAUGUUACGAAUACGUUGCAGAGCAAGGAAGGGAGCUGUAUGAGCUGGUGGCGCAUCUGCCUGACAAAGCAAACAACUAUUUGACACCUGCACUUUCUGUUUUGGAGAAGAACACUUGACAAGAAAAACACACAUGAUCAUUCACUAUGAAAGAAGGAAAGCAAAUACAGAAUGAAAAUCUCCUUGAUAUCUUCUAUGACUAAUAUAUAUACAUAUUACUCUUGUUCUUUGUUUCUGUAAAUUCCUGUGUAGUGUAGAUAAGAUACGGUGAAUUCGUGCAAAUGUAUAAUUGCAGUUUCAGAGCC